AUGCCGCGCGUGCGUUCAUCAUAUAAAAAGUCCUCGCGAACAUGUCGCGUGUUUCUUCUGUCUUGCUGUCUGCUCACGUUCGUUGUGCUCUCGACGAAGCGUUCGUUGAGCGAGCUGCGCCGAAACCAUUUGGCAGCGGUCGAAGCCCUGUCGAGGGACGCACGUUGGAAAACACUGCACGACCCGAAAGGAGGAGGAGGCGGCGGCGCGUACUAUCCGCCGUCCAAACUGUGUCGUUCAGGAACCAACGACACGCGGACGUUGGGCGCGGCGACCCCGGGUAAUUUUGGUUUCGUCUUCGGGGGUUUGGGUGGGUACGCGCGACUUGAAGCAUUCAAGUGCGUGCUGGCGAUCGAAUCUCUCGUGCGCGUGGCGGGAUACGACGGAGACGUGUACUUCAUCACGGAAAAUAUCGCUUCGUCGUGCGUCCCAUCGCAAGAAGAGCUCAGAGCGAGGCUCGGAUACGACAGGGUACACGUGGUCUACGUCGACGAAGGAUCGCCGUUUGAAAAGUCGAGUGACGCCGAGAGGACAAAUGGGACAAGAAGUCGACGACGACCUUUGCGAAAGUAUCUGAAGGACAUGUCCAUAAAGAUGGAUAUCUUCGACUACCUCCCGAAGCGCAUCGAAAUUGCGGCGUGGUACGACUGCGACGUCGUCUUUGGAGUCCACGGCUGCGCGCGGAACAACCUGAUGUGCGCGAUACCCGAAUUUUCGCACGCGACUCCCAUGUACACGUCGCUCGGCUCAGCUGGGUGGCACGUUGGAUCGUUCAUGGUGCAUCGUGUGUUCAGUGCGAAGUUGCUGCGCGAGUGGAAGGAGGAGUUCUUCACCGGAAGACAUAUCAGCGACUACCCGGCGAUUGAAGCGUUAUACGAACGACAAGAACGGACUGGCAACUUACUCAAGCUUUGGGAUAUUGGACAUUUCACUCGACCACGAACGGGUAACACAUACAGUCAUGAUUGGAGUGUCCUCACGAGUGAUCCAAGCGCAGGUGAAAUGUACUCAGCCUGGCGGGACGUGAUCUUUGACAAGAAAACGCCGAACUCGUGCAUUAUGCAUCUCACCACAGGUCGUUGUUCUGAGCUCAACAGUGGUACCGUGGCGACCGAUGCCUUGAUUCGUUCGCUUGGUCUAUUCACACCAGGAAAUGUAAGAUAUUGCUCAGGGACUCCAAGGAAGGUGAUACUUCAGCAAGGGCUGGCGCCAUCGUGGAAGUCGUGUGUACCGCCGCCAGCAGACUUCGUUUUUCCACUCAAAGCCCGUUUGCUUCAACGAAUGAUAAGUCCAAGACAUAUAAAUAAAACUAGGCCGAGCUAA